AUCUUGGGAGCGUGGCGAGAUGCUCGUGAGUCGGAAUUAUCUGUACCUUCUUUUUCUUUUUUCUCCGCGUUUGUCAACGUUCCUUGCGAUUUAUCAUGAUUAAUCACGGGUGAACUCGAUCGUGCCGAUCGUUGCGUCGAAUUGUUUAGCAGAAGAUACGGCGAGAGAAGGCGAGUGAAACGAUCGUGCGAGACAAGUGAUAGGAGUAUAGGUUAGGAGACGUUUCUCGACCAACGUCGUCGUCGCGAUGGAUCUGGCCAAGGUACCGAACGAGAGGAAAUUGUAUCUCUGCAAGUGGUACUUUCGUGUUGGUUUUGCACUGUUGCCGUUUCUGUGGGCUGUGAAUGCAAUUUGGUUCUGGAAAGAGGCCUUUGUUGAGCCAUCAUACGAGGAACAGAAACAGAUUAAGAAAUAUGUGAUAUUGUCUGCUAUAGGAGCAGCAAUUUGGGCCACUGCUUUGCUGGCAUGGACAAUUACCUUUCAAACCCAAAGAGCCGCUUGGGGUGAAUUCGCCGAUGCUAUCAGCUAUAUAAUUCCCACUGGUAUUCCUUGAUGAUUUUAAUAUCGAUAUAUUGUUAUAUAAUUGCGCAAUAUAAUUUAUCACAGACACGUAACAAAUAAUUUUUGUAUAUUAUUAUAUUAAGCUUGUAAUAUAAUUGUACUUGACUCACAGCAAAAUUUUAUAUCCAGCGUGUAUCAUUGGCAAAAUAAAACAACCUUUUUUAUAGUA